AUGCCAUCCAGAAACCAUCUGGACAAGAUAGGACGGAAGAAAAAGAAAAAAUGGACAGAGGAUGCCAUGGAGCGUGCACUGAUAGAAGUGAAGUCUGGAAGGAGCACAGUGAGACAGGCUGCCAAGGAGUUUGGAGUGCCGAAGUCCUCCCUUGGCGACCGAGUGAGCGGGCGGGUGACACCAGGGAGUCGCAGUGGGCCAGCUCAGCUUAUAGCAUCUGCUGAUGAGGAGCUGCUGGUAGAGUUCUCCUUGUACAUGUCUAAGCAUGGAUUCCCACUUACCAAGCAGCAGGUGGUGUCCUUUGCAACAUCGAUUUAUAAGCGGCAGAACCAGAGGAUGGUGUUCUGCAAACUGGGCCAGACGUGGUGGCUCAACUUUAGAAAACGGCAAGAAAACAACAUCACAAUCCAGCCCACAGAGAACGCAGUCCGCGGGAGGACGGUAUGCGUGAGAAAGGAAGCGGUGGAUCAGUUUUUCUGUCUGUUCAGCACUCUCCUGGACAAACAUGGGCUCAGAGACAAGCCUCACCAAAUCUAUAACUGCAAUGAGACGGGGUUUCAGCUGGGCAGGAAGAGGGUGGCUCUUCCCAAGUCUGGCAGUCCGGGCUGCAAGCCAGCGCCAGGCUCCAGGGACCACAUCUCUGUCCUGGCUUGCUUUAGUGCAGCUGGAGAGGACAUUCCUCCAUCUAUCAUCUACUCGAAAGCCUAUCCGGGGGGGGUGUGUUACAAGACGCAAGGGCCGCCAAAUGCCCGCUACGGGUGGUCGGACUCGGGCUGUAUAAACUCUGACCUCUUUAAGAAGUGGUUCCUAAAACAUUUUCUCUGUCACGCGCCAAAGGUUCGUCCUCUGCUGCUGAUCUUCGACGGCCACAAGGCGCCCGUGAGCCUGGAGGUGGUGGAGUCGGCCCGCAAAGACGACGUCAUUCUCCUGUGCCUUCCGCCUCAUUGCUCCCACAUCCUGCAGCCUCUUGACGCCGGCCCCUUUCAGGUCCUGAAGCAGCGCUUCGCGUCGCUCGUAGGGGAUCAGGGCUGUGCCGCUGACGCCCAAUAUGCAAUCAGCAAGAAAGAGUUCUCAGGUGUGUUUAAAAGAGCAUACGAGGCAGUAAAGGAAGAGGACGGCGUCCGGAUUGUGAAGGAAGGCUUCAGGAAAUGCGGCAUCUACCCGCUAAACCACUCUGUCGUUGAUGAUGGUCACUUGCUGCCAUCCCAUGGCAGCAGCGCCUCGGCCGGAGGCUCCCUGAUGCCAGCACAAAGGAUAAACUCUGUAGAGGAGCUCGCAGCUGCCGGACCCUCAACCUAG